AUGUCACGCACGGAGGAGGGAGCCGCCUUGCCGUCGACGAGCGGCACGUGUCCCCGCCACUGCGAGGGGGCCACGCCGGCGCUGCUGGGCGACGCGGCGGGACCGGCCCCCGGUGCCUGCUCCGCGCGGGUGCGGUACCGCCGCCGCGAGGCCACGCUGACGUACGACCGGGCGAAGGGGCGCGUUCUCCUGCAGCGGGCGAAUUCGGGCGGGAAGGUGGUCAACCUCGCGAACCUUUCCACGUGGCUCGUCCUGAACAUUGAAACCCCGGAGGAGGGCGCCCUGCGCCAGGCACGGCGGACCAAGCCGGGUCUGGCCCCCGCUGCCACGGCGGCGGCAAAGCCAUGCAAACGUCGCUCCUUCCGUGGCUCCCUGACGACGUCACCGCAGCUUAUGGAGACAAUAUAUCCGCGCUCCCGAAGCCUCUCCACUUUACCCUCACACCAUCUUGGGAACCAGUCUCGUUCUGCCAGCGGCGUUGACACGGCAGGGUUGGCGCGCUCCACUUCCGGCGGCGUGCGACCCUCUGAGCCUUCCGGGUGCACGUAUUACCUUUACUAUGUUAAGGGCCCUGGUUCCUCGCUGCGAGUAUCCACGGUGGAAUUCGCACCUCUGCCAGACGCUAAGAGCCAGGAAGACGUGCGAGUUGUUGUGCAGGCUAUCUUGCGCGGCGUGUAUCCAUGCGGGGCGAAGCAGCUCUUCCUGUUUGUCAGCCCCAAGUCAGGUUCCGGCAAUGCCGUUAGCAUUACGGAAGACCAGGUCCUGCCGGUGUUGUAUUACACACGUCACGAGGUGCGCGCGAUUAUUACAACCCGCGUCUUUCACUGUGAGGAUUACAUAGCCAACUUCGCGAAUGAGGUCAACAGUGGGCACGUCCUUGUCUGCGUUGGGGGGGAUGGGAUGAUCCACGAGGCAGUGAACGGCCUCUUCCGGCGAAAGCAGGCCAUGCGAGCGAGAGAGGAGGCUGCGAGGCCGACAAAAGCGUUCAACUCACACGGGCAGGGGGAAGAACAGCACAAGAGCGGGAGAGAGACGACGAAAGGGAGUGCAGAGGGGGAGAGUAGUCUCUCCGUGCUGGACGAAGACGGGAGACACGAGCAAGGGGAAGCGGAGGAAGCGUCACGCAGCACAGAUGCGGAGACGGCACGAAUGACAGCGAGUCAUCCCCCACAGCCAUCCACACAACAGUUUGGGAUUAAAAUCCUUCCGACUUCUAGCGCCUACGAAGGCGCUAGGUUUUCCAUGCCGUUGGUCGCCACCAUCCCUGCCGGCAGUGGGUGCGGGAUGGCGAAAACGCUCGGCAUCAUCUCGGUAAAGGAAGGCGUUCUUGCCCUUGUGCAUCUUAAAACGUGUGCUAAGGACCUGAUGAGUAUGCAAUACCUUGUAAAUGAGAGCCAUGACCGGCAUUCGAAGUUGUUCCCACACAACUUCGUUAAGGCUGCGCAUACUCGGGGGAAAACGCACCGUGAGCAGGAGGAAGAGAGGGAAAAGGUCACUGCAGAGCGCAUUGCUUUUAUGUCUGUGACCUUUGGUCUCCUAAAUGACAUUGACCGGGGCUCGGAGAAGCUGCGGUGGAUGGGAAAUAGUCGCUUUACCGUGUACGGGGCGUACACCUUCCUGAGAGGCGUGCGCUCGUAUCGUGUGCGCCUGCGGUAUUUGCCGUGGCUUGGACGGCAAGGGCAAAAGAUGGAGAAACUGGAGGACUCGGGCACCUUUCCAGGCGAGGCGGGAAUUCCGCGCUGCACCAGAACGGACGCCUGUAUGCAUUGCCGAGCCCACAAGGAUUCCGCGACAACUUCCGAGCUUGCCCGGGACUUGGACCCGCUCACCUUCCCUCUUCAAGACACGGUGAGUAGCGACGCCUCCGGCACUUUGCAGGGCGAGUUGGUGGACUUUGAGGAUGACAGUCUUCCGUGGGUGGCGCUUGAUGGAAGCCAUUACGCUAUUUUCUUAAGCAACAUUCGCGACGCCGCGAAGGAUAUUAUGAUGGCGCCGCUGGCUCACAUGAGUGAUGGAGCCAUCGAUGUGGUGUUCGCCAGAGAAAGGGAUGUUAAGUGCGGCCGUGCCCAAUUCCUGAAGUUUUUUAGCAAAAUGGAAUCUGGGGAACACGUCCAUCUGCCCUUUGUGAGCUACAUCAAGGCGCGAGCGGUUGAGUUGGAGGCCGUCGAGGGGUUUAUUAUGUCCGAUGGUGAGGUGAUGCCCUUCACAAAGGUGCGUGUUACUCCGUUGCGCCGUGCUGCUGAGUUUGUGCGAGGGCGGUAG